CUGCUAGCUCAGAGCUGUCGUCUUCUCUGUUUCAACUUCGGUCUUCGGUCAUGCUCUCCUGUGUCAUUUGUUAAUAAUUGAGGUUAUAAUUAGAAAUACAAAUUUAUAGCCUAACUUUCAAGUUUGAAAUUUAUUAAAACUAUUUCAUCAUGAAUCCAGUUCAUGCCGAUCCUCUAGAUCCCCAAAGGGCCCCACCAACUCCCUUCAAGAUUUCACCCCAAGACCAAAGAGUCAUCCAAGAGUGCAACCGAGAAGCGUUUUAUCAGAGGUGUUUACCCUUGUGCACUGGGCUUGGUGGUCUUACAUAUCUGGCAACAAGAGCAGGAUACUUGAAGGGACAUGUAACGUGGGGUGCCGCACCAAAAAUUAUGGCAGCUGUAUUUUUAGGUUAUUUUGCUGGUAAGAUAUCCUAUCAACAUAUAUGUGCUGAGAAGCUGAUGGCAAUCCCUGACAGUCCUCUAGGUGCUGCACUGAGAGCCAGAAAACAACAGGGAGGUGGAGGGUUCCAGGAUACUUUAACACUAGACAUGCCUGGCUACUCAUUGCCUGAGGAGAGCUCCCCCGAUGUGUACAGAGACGAUUCUCCGCCCCGCACAUUCACAGACUUGGACACAGACAGACCGUACAACCAGGGCCUGGAUGACAACUUCCGUCUUAGUGUCGACUCUCCCCAGCGGCCAGAAGAUUUUAUACUGCCUCCACAAGCAUCGACUCAGAACUCCUAUGAUGAGUUGAGAAGAAAGAACAGGGAGGAGUUUGAUAAGAAAUCAAGGCCUUACAGGCCUGUGGAGGAAGCGCAGAGACAGUACCAACCUCCGCCACAACCGUCGACUCCCUCUGGUGGGGAACCAUUCGACCGCUACAAGCCCACCAACAUUUAUGGAGAUGUUUUUGAAAAAUAAUGAAUGUAAAGUGGUUUAUUAUGAAAAUUAUUUUUAGUCUGUAAAUAUAUUAUUGUACACCCGUAUCUGUAUUGUUAAUUAAUUGUAACAAAAUAAAAACAUGUAGUAUGUUUUCAUUGUUUAUCAAUUAUUAAACAGACUUAUCCUGCAUAGUUACAAUAUAUUUCAAUUUUGUCAAGAAAUAAAAUCAUUCACAAAGAAUAAUAAUAUUAUUAUCCUACAACUUAUUUGUGUAAAAUGAAUUUCUGAAAAUACUAGUGUUGUUUUGGGUUUUAA